UGAAGGUGAGCUCCCAGGCGAUGACGGAGAGCAGCGCGGGGCUGGUGGUGAACCUGAUGGCCAACGACGUGAACCGCUUCGACACGGGACCACUGUUCCUGCAUUACCUCUGGAUCGGGCCUGUUGAGACUGUGUUGAUGACCGCCUUCCUAUAUAGACAACUAGGAAUGCCGGCCAUUUACGGGUCGAUAGUCGUCUUUGCCGUAAUACCCUUCCAGAUAUUCUUAGGCACACGCACAGCAGCCUACAGAAGACAAACCGCAGAGAGAUCAGACGAAAGGGUCAGGCUUAUGAAGGAGAUCGUUAUGGGUAUGGAAGUCAUUAAAAUGUACACUUGGGAACAUCCAUUCAGGCAAAUUAUUGACACGGUUAGAAGAGAGGAGAUCUAUGCAAUCAAACGCACAUCUUACAUCCGGGGAAUUACGAUGUCCUUUAUAAUGUUUACAUCCCGCUUCGGAAUCUUCAUCACGUUGCUCCUGUACGUGACUUUUAUCGAUCGAAUAAGCGUGGAAAGUGUCUUCUUCCUCACGUGCUACUAUAACAUUAUGAAGCAAACUAUGACGCUGUACUUCCCACAGGCUAUUGGUCAGGUAGCUGAAAUGAAUGUGGCUAUACAAAGAAUUCGAGAAUAUCUGCUGAGUGAGGAAUGCAAGUUAACUAUAAACAAUAUUGAUGAAGAUGCCAGCAAAAUCAAAAUCAAGGACGAGUCAGGUGCAUCCAAGAUCGCCAAAAAUCCUGUCGUGAUGAAAGAGUUUGCUAUAGAAUUCGAGAAUGCCUCUAGCCGGUGGAUACGACAAGAGAAGGAUGAUGUCAAAGAUAUUAAUUUGCAGAUCCCCACCUCAAACCUGACGACAAUCAUAGGAGCGGUGGGAUCAGGGAAGUCAACUAUACUCCACAUGAUACUGGGGGAGCUUCCCUGUACUAGUGGGAGCCUGAAGACAGUGGGAACUAUUAGCUAUGCUGGACAGGAGCCUUGGUUGUUUAUCGGUUCGGUCCGUCAGAACAUUUUAUUCGGGCAGCCAUUCGUGAAGCAGCGAUACAUGGACGUGUGCCGAGUGUGUGCCUUGGAGAGAGAUAUCUCCUUGUUCCCGCACGGAGAUAAGACCAUCGUGGGAGAGAGAGGAGUGUCUCUCAGCGGGGGGCAGCGGGCGAGAGUCAACUUGGCCAGGGCGGUUUAUAAAGAGGCCGACAUUUAUUUGCUAGACGACCCUUUAUCAGCUGUGGAUACGCAGGUUGCGAAACACAUAUUUGAAAGAUGCAUUAAAAGAUAUUUAAUAGGAAAAACUGUUGUAUUGGUGACUCACCAACUACAAUUCAUUAAAUCUGUCGACAAAAUUGUGAUAAUGCGGCAAGGGAAGAUAUUAACAGAUGGAAACUAUAAUGAUGUUAUGGCCCAAGAUCUGGACAUAAUUAGAUUAAUGGAAGACAACACUCGAGAAGUGAAAGAAGAGGACGAAGCAACACAGAUUAAGAAUGCCGCUUCAGUUAUAGAAACAAGUACUGCGAGCUUGCAUCGGUACCGGCUAUCUACUAUGUUGAAUGCGAGUAGUAUGGCUGAUCAAAGACAAGUAGCAGAGGCGCAGACAGCGGGCCGAGUGAGCGGGUCAGUGUAUACGAACUACUUCUACGCCGGAGCUGCGUGUCCCUGCGUCGCUCUUGUGCUUAUAACGUUUGUUUUGGCACAAUGUUGCGCGAGCGCAGGAGACUUCUGGCUUAGCAAAUGGAGCUAUGUGGAAGAUCAGUUAACUGGUGAUAACACGAUGGACGACUUACUGUGGGCAGAGCAGGGGUUGCAGCGCAGUCAUUAUACCUUAAUCUUUGGAGUCAUCACUUUGGCCACCAUUUUCAUUGCUCUGAUCCGGUCGUUCAUGUUCUUCUCACUAUGCAUGAGAUCUUCUAUAAAGUUACACGACAAGAUGUUUGAUUGCAUAUCUCACUCUCCCAUGAGCUUCUUCCAUGCCAAUUCUUCGGGAAGAAUAUUGAACAGGUUUAGCAAAGACAUGGGUGCGGUCGACGAGUUGUUGCCUCAAGCUAUGAUGGACUGCUUUCAAAUAAUUCUCAACUUGAUUGGGGUGUUGAUAGUGAUCUUAUUAGUCGACCUCACCCUCAUUAUACCUAUCACAGCUGCACUGAUCAUAUUUUACAUUCUGCGAGUCAUAUACAUCCGCACUACUGGUGCUGUCAAGCGAUUGGAAGGGAUAACAAGAAGUCCAGUGUUCAGUCAUCUAAACGCAACAGUCCUGGGCGUAGCCACGAUCCGCUCGUUUGGCACGGAACAGUUGUUGACCCAGGAGUUCGACCGACACCAGGACCUGCACAGCGCCGCCUGGUACCUCUUCAUCACCAGCAGCCGAGCCUUCGGGUACUUCCUCGACGUCAUCUGCCUGCUCUUCAUUAUUUGCGUGACUUUCAGUUGCUUGAUGAAGUCCGAUGCGGAAAGCAGUAAAGUAGGUCUGGCAAUAACGCAGUCCAUAUCUCUGACUGGUGUAUUCCAGUGGGGCAUGCGGCAGUCGGCUGAGAUGGAGAACCAGAUGACCAGCGUCGAACGAGUGUUGGAGUACACUAAACUGCCUCAAGAGGACAUUUUGAGAGCCUCCGGUGAUAAGAAACCACCUUCCGGCUGGCCUUCCCAAGGACAUAUUGUGUUCACUGAGGUAACAUUGAAAUAUGCUCGUGAUGGGGAUCCCGUUUUGCACAAAUUGGAUUUCGAAAUACUUUCUCAAGCAAAGAUUGGCAUCGUUGGAAGAACCGGUGCUGGAAAAUCUUCAAUCAUCCAAGCUCUAUUCAGACUAGCUUAUUUAGAAGGGUCAAUAUUCAUCGAUGGCAUUGACACCAGUUCCGUCGGCCUCCAUGAUUUAAGGGAAAAGGUCUCCAUCAUACCACAGGAGCCAGUACUGUUCAGUGGAACCAUGAGAAAGAAUUUGGAUCCUUUCGAUGAGUACAGCGACGAGGUAUUAAUCAGGGCUUUAGAAGACGUUGAGUUGAAGAACGAAGAUGAGGGAUUUGGCGCCCUCUACAAACAGGUGUCAGAAGGAGGAACCAACUUCAGUGUGGGCGAGCGUCAGCUAGUCUGCUUAGCUCGUGCGAUAGUUCGCAAGAACCCUAUACUGGUCCUGGAUGAGGCUACGGCCAAUGUGGAUGCGCAGACUGAUGCUCUGAUACAGACCGCCAUUAGAGUGCACUUCAGGAGUUGCACAGUGCUCACUAUUGCUCAUAGGCUGAAUACUGUUAUAGAUUCGGAUAAGAUCCUAGUGCUAGACGCCGGUCGCCUCAUGGAGUACGACCACCCUCAUAUCCUGCUGCGGAUGAGGGGAGGGUACUUCCGCAAAAUGGUGGCAGAAACCGGCCCGGUCAUGACGUCACACUUGCGCAGAAUGGCCGCACUGAGCUACAAAUCUAAAAAUGAUUGAAAUUAAACUGGCCUUGGAUAUAUUAGUAUUUCUAUAUUUCGUGAUAUUUAUUACAAAAUAAAUUAUGUUCUUAUCGUUA